GAUUAUAAAUUGCAAUAUCUCGUCGGUGGAGCUUUCUGAUUUGCCACCAAAUAAUUUCCCCGUGUUCGAGGCCAUACUCGACUUUCCUUCUUCUACGUUGCUCCGGCGGCUCCCUCUCUGUGCGCAAAAAAUGGAAGUCAGCACAGUCGAUUCAGACAGUAGACCGACGAUCAUGAUCACAAACGACGAUGGAAUCGAUGCGCCUGGUCUUCGCGCUCUGGUUCGCGUCCUCGUCUCCACUCAGCUUUAUAACGUUCUAGUCUGUGCUCCUGAUUCGGAAAAGUCAGCUGUUAGUCAGUCUAUUACUUGGCGCCAUCCUAUUUCUGUUAAGAGAGUGGCUAUUGAAGGAACCACUUCUUAUGCCGUUUCUGGAACUCCGGCCGAUUGUACUUCUUUGGGAGUAUCCAAAGCUCUCUUUCCUUCAAUUCCGGAUCUGGUACUCAGUGGCAUAAACAUGGGUAGCAACUGCGGUUAUCAUGUUGUGUAUUCUGGGACAGUAGCUGGUGCUCGAGAAGCCUUUUUUAAAGACAUUCCUUCUGCUUCCUUAUCUUAUGAGUGGAUUGGAGGUAGGAGCAAUAUAGAAGACUACACGCUUGCUGCCGAGGCUUGCUUGCCCAUAAUAAGUGCAAUGUUAGUUGGCGUCAAGGCUCAAACUUUUCCACGGAAUUGUUUCUUGAAUAUCGAUUUCCCAACAGAUAUUGCUAAUCAUAGGGGUUAUAAGGUAACUAAGCAAGGCCGAUGCAUAUCUAAAAUGGGCUGGAUAAGAGUUACUUCUGACUCUCAAGGAGGUAAAAUGUUGUCAACUAUGACGAUGGACUCAACGUCGUCAGUGGAAUGUAAUAUGUCAAGUGAAUCAUCCGAGCUGUUCACGAGGCAGGUAAUAAGUGCUGCUGUUGCUGAUGAAGAUACAGAUUUCAAAUAUCUACAAGAAGGCUAUAUUACUGUCACUCCUCUUGCUGCCCUGUCUCGUGCGGAGAUAGACUGUGAAAACUUUUUGGAAGCCUGGUUGCCUGGUGUGGUUGCUCGGCCAUCACCAUCUGCUUUAUAAUUUCGUUUGGUUUCUGGUUUAGGCAUUUUGUUAGAUGGUCAAACUUCGAGCCGAGUAGUUUCUUAUUGAAUGGCCACCGAUUCGUGCUUUCAGAGAGAAGGUCUUUAUGUCAUGUAAAAUGUAAAUCUGGUCUGAAAAUUGUUUAGCAGAAAAACUAUGGAAGGCUUACUGUUAACUGAUUCUAUUAAAAAUAUUACUCAAUGUGACAGAAACUUGAAGAAAGAGUCUUUCUUUAUUUCAUUACCUUGUGGCA